AUGGAUGAAAAUUUUGAGGAGAAGAACAAGCUUCCUGAACUCAAACUCGAUGCUAAACAAGCUCAAGGCUUUCUCUCAUUCUUCAAAACCCUUCCCAGUGACCCUAGGGCUAUUCGCUUCUUUGAUCGCCGGGACUAUUACACCGCUCAUGGUGAGAAUGCAACUUUCAUUGCAAAGACAUAUUACCACACUACAACAGCUUUACGCCAGCUAGGAAGUGGUUCCGAUGCCAUUUCUACUGUUAGUGUGAAUAAAAACAUGUUUGAAACAGUGGCCCGUGACCUUCUUCUUGAGAGAACUGAUCAUACUCUCGAAUUGUAUGAGGGUAGCGGAUCAAAUUGGAAACUAGUGAAAAGUGGAACCCCAGGAAAUCUGGGUAGUUUUGAAGAUAUUCUGUUUGCAAACAAUGAAAUGCAGGAUUCUCCAGUGGUUGUUGCUCUAUUUCCAAACUUCCGUGAUAAUGGAUGCACUUUGGGAUUAGGCUACGUGAAUCUUACCACACGAGUGCUUGGAUUGACAGAGUUUCUUGAUGAUAGUCACUUCACAAAUGUGGAGUCAGCUCUUGUUGCUCUUGGCUGCAAAGAAUGUCUUUUGCCUUCUGAGAGCGCCAAAUCUAGUGAAUAUAGAUCCCUGAAUGAUGCAAUGACAAGGUGUGGUGUGAUGGUAACUGAAAGAAAGAAAAAUGAGUUUAAAGGAAGAGACUUGGUACAGGAUCUCAGUAGGCUCGUUAAAGGUUCUAUAGAAUUGGUAAGAGAUCUAGUCGCUGGGUUUGAAUUUGCACCUGGAGCUCUUGGUUGUAUAAUAUCUUAUGUAGAGUUACUUUCAGAUGAGAGCAAUUACGGAAACUAUACUAUCCGACAAUACAAUCUUGACAGUUACAUGAGAUUAGAUUCUGCUGCCAUGAAGGCACUAAAUGUCAUGGAGAGCAAAUCCGAUGCUAAUAAAAACUUUAGCUUGUUUGGCCUCAUGAAUAGGACCUGUACUGCUGGAAUGGGUAAACGCUUACUGCACAUGUGGCUGAAACAACCUUUAUUAGAUGUAGACGAAAUCAACAGUAGGCUGGACUUAGUGCAAGCCUUUGUGGAGGAUACUGCCCUUCGGCAAGAUUUAAGGCAACAUUUGAAAAGAAUUUCAGAUAUUGAGAGACUGAUACGCUGUCUCCAGAAGAAACGAGCAAGUUUGUUUCAUAUUGUUAAGCUUUAUCAGUCCAGCAUCAGACUCCCGUACAUCAGAAGUGCAUUAGAGCGGUAUGACGGCCAAUUUGCUUCACUGAUCAAGGAAAGAUAUUUGGAUCCUCUAAAGUGUUGGACUGAUGAUGGACAUCUGAAUAAAUUCAUUGGUCUAGUGGAAGCUUCUGUUGACCUCGAUCAACUUGAGAGUGGAGAAUACAUAAUAUCAUCUGCGUAUGAUUCAAAUUUAUCUGCUUUGAAGAAUGAGCAAGAGACACUAGAGAGACAGAUACAUAAUUUGCAUAAACUAGCAGCUGCUGAUCUCGAUCUGGUUCUUGAUAAAGCUCUAAAAUUAGAAAAAGGAACCCAAUAUGGUCAUGUCUUCAGAAUUACGAAGAAGGAAGAGACAAAAGUGAGGAAGAAGCUGAAUACCCAUUUUAUUAUUCUUGAGACUCGUAAAGACGGGGUAAAAUUUACAAAUACAAAGCUCAAAAAACUUGGGGAUGAGUACCAAAGAGUACUUCGAGACUACAUGAACUGUCAGAAAGAACUGGUUGCAAGGGUAGUCCAAACUGCUGCCAGUUUUUCUGAGGUGUUUGAAGAAGUAGCUGGUUCACUUUCUGAAUUGGAUGUCUUACUGAGUUUUGCGGAUUUAGCUGCCUGCAGUCCCAGUCUGUACACAAGACCAAGCAUCACUCCAUCAGACGUGGGAGAUAUAAUAUUACAUGGGAGUCGGCAUCCUUGUGUUGAAGCUCAGGAUUGGGUGAAUUUUAUCCCGAAUGACUGUAAACUAGUUAGGGAAAAAAGUUGGUUCCAAAUCAUUACAGGGCCUAAUAUGGGUGGAAAAUCCACUUACAUACGGCAGGUAGGAGUGAACAUUCUGAUGGCACAAGUUGGUUCCUUUGUCCCUUGUGACAAAGCUUGUAUAUCUGUUCGUGAUUGCAUUUUUGCUCGUGUGGGUGCUGGUGACUGUCAGCUACGUGGAGUUUCUACUUUCAUGCAAGAAAUGCUUGAGACAGCAUCAAUCUUGAAAGGAGCAACUGAGAAGUCUUUGAUAAUAAUAGAUGAAUUGGGUCGUGGCACAUCGACAUAUGAUGGAUUUGGCCUAGCUUGGGCCAUUUGUGAGUAUAUUGUUGAAGUGAUUAAAGCGCCUACAUUGUUUGCAACUCACUUUCAUGAGCUGACUGCAUUAGCUCAUGAAAAUGGCGGUUGUGAACAUUCUUCAAAGAAGAUUAUAGGUGUAGCAAAUUAUCAUGUCAGUGCACACAUCGACUCAUCAAGUCGCAAGCUCACCAUGCUUUACAAGGUUGAACCUGGGGCCUGUGAUCAAAGUUUUGGGAUACAUGUUGCGGAAUUUGCCAACUUUCCUGAAAGUGUUGUUGCGCUUGCUAGACAAAAGGCCUCUGAACUGGAAGAUUUCUCGCCCAUGGUAAUUGUUUCCAAUGACGCCAAAGAGAUUGUUGCUAAGCGGAAGAGAGAGUUCGAUCCUGAUGAUAUAUCUAGAGGUGCUUCACGAGCUCACAAGUUCUUAAAGGACUUCACUGAGUUGCCACUAGACAAGAUGGACUUGGAACAGGCAUUGCAACAUGUGAGCAAAUUAAGGACAGAAUUGGAGAAAGAUACAACAAACAGUUGCUGGCUCCAGCAGUUCUUUCAAUAA